AUGGAUGAGUACGGGCCGGUCUUUGGGCGCGCAUCGGCCAAGUCGGGCUGUGUGGGGUGCGCAGCGGUAGGGCUCGGCGAACUUGCGCCUGAGCUCCUUCAUGCCAUUGCCUUUGGCAGCCAGAUCCUUGCGCCGAGGGACAUUGUGGCGCUGGCGCGUAGCUGUCGGUACGUGCGGGACGCUUUGCUCGGCGCCGAAUAUUCGGUCGACUGCGCCAAAGCGCGGUUCGGCGCCGGUUGGUGCCUACAGCACAGCGAGUGGCGGGCGGCGCGGCUGGCGCUGGGGCGGAUUCCGCGGCUGGUUGAUGCGGUGGCGGCGCUUGUGGACGUGGUGCAAGCCGAGUUGGAGAGCGGCGAUGGCGGGUUUCCGGCAUGGUUGCGGCUGAUGCGCGGGGUGCUCGCGGUGCCCGGUGUGGUCCAUCCGAGCCACCAUCCGCAUCGGUCAAGCGCCGGCGAUCGGCUGCCGCUGACACUGGCGUGUGCGGCGGGCAACGUGGCUGCAGUGGAGGAGCUGCUUGAGCACGAUGUGGUGGAUCCGGCAGCAUGCGACAACGCGGCUCUGAUGUCUGCGGCGACGGCGCCGCGUCACGCCGGCGUGAUCGUGGCGGUGCUUGUGGCGGACGGGCGGGUGGAUGCGGCGGCGCGGCUGAACUAUGCGGUACGGCACGCGGCGCGGGUGGGCAACGCAGACGCGGUGCGGCAUCUGCUCGGAGAGCGCGGCGUCGAUCCUGCGGCGGACGGCAACUAUGCGCUUCAGAUGGCGGCGGAGAGCGGGCACACCGAGGUUGUAGCGGUGCUUGUGGCGGACGGUCGGGUGGAUGUGCAUGUCGGUGGCGACUUUCCGGCGCGAGUGGCGGCCGAGUGCGGUCACGUUAGCACGCUCGAGGUCUUGCUUGCGGCCGGGGCGGAUCCGACCGGACGCAACAACGCAGCGCUGCGGCUGGCAGCGGCACACGGGCACACGCGGGUGGUCAAGACACUGCUGGCAGACCCGCGAGUUGAUCCGAGCACAGUCGACAACUACGCGAUCAAAUGGGCGGCGGCGAACGGGCACACCGAUGUUGUGGCGCUGCUGCUGAGCCAUGCUGCAGUCAAUCCUGCGGCAGACGACAACUUUGCCAUUCGGCUGGCGGCCGAGAACGGGCGGAUCGAGACGCUCAAAGAGCUGCUCGCCGAUCCGCGGGUCGAUCCGAGCUCGGACGGAUCAAGCGCCAUGCUCUGGGCCAUUGAUAACGGACACCAGGAUGUUGUGGACGUGCUCCUUGCCGACGGGCGGACGUCGCUCCCGUUCAACAUCAACGUCUCGCUGGCAGUCGCUACCCGCGUACGAUCGCCGCUGCACUCGCCGACUUUUGCAGCCUCGACCGAGGUUGUCUUUCUCUCGUGA